GUGGACGCGCUGGUGGUGCUGGCGCCGGUGGACGGCCGCCUGGAGAAGGUGGACGCGCUGUGCGGGGCGGCGCUGCCACGGCCCGUGCUCUCCUCCGGCCCGCGCCUCGUGCUGGAGCUGCGAGGCUUCGCGUCGGGCGACGGCGCGCGCGGCUUCCAGGCCGCCUACAGCUUCAUCGAGAACCUGGGCGUGGCGUCGGGGCAGCAGCUGGCCGACUUCCCGUGCGCGUUCGCCUUCAACGCGAGCGCAGCGGCGGCCGGGGCCUUCGCCAGCCCCAACUUCCCGGGGCUGUACCCGCGCGACACCGAGUGCCACUACUUCUUCCACGGGCGGCCGCGCCAGCGCGUGCGCCUGCGCUUCCACUACUUCGACGUGGAGGGCGUCCAGCCGUGCGAGGCGCUGACGGCGAGCGACUACGUGGAGUUUUCCAACUUCAUGGCGCGCGACCGCAAGUACUCGCGCUACUGCGGCCAGCUGAAGGCGCUGCAGGUGGAGUCGGACCGGAAGUUCUUCCGGGUGACGUUCCGCUCCAACGACCGCCUGGACGGCACGGGCUUCAACGCCACCUACGAGUUCCUCGACGCCCACGACGCCUCCACGGCGCCGCCCGCCGCCGCCACCGGCGCCGCCGCCGCCGCCGCACAAGGUGGGGGCCUCGCCCACGCCCACGCCCACGCCCAUGCUAAUGCCUCCGACUACGACUUCCACACCCUCGCUCCACUCGCGCUCACCACCGCA